GAGGGCAACAAUGGUGGCUUGCCCUACCCCUCUGAGUAUUGGCCCAGUGUCCUUGUUCUCUUCUAUUAAGAAGUAUGCCCUGUUCCUAAAGCUACCCAGUAAACCAGCACUUCUGAGCAGCUUCCUUUUGAGUUACAGUGCUUUGGACCUGGGAAUAGGGCUGCCUCUGGCUGCAUUUCCUUCUCUCAACUUGGAAAGAGAGUUGUCCAAAACCUUCCCAGGGGCUCGCAGACAUCAGCAGCCCUUAGGGAAUGUGAUCUGCCCAAAGCCCCGAAGUUCCAGCCCAAAUUUGGAAAAGCUUCAUCUUCUAACUGAGUGGACAGAGAAAACAAAAUUUGACAGCUGGAAUCCAGGUGAGGGAACAGUGGGACACCAAGAAAAAUGCAAAAGCAGCUCCCUGGAUGAUGUGCCCACACCUGACACAUAACACAAACAGCUGUAUCAACCCUCUGGUACCUGUGUGCAGCCCCUCAGGAGCAGGGCUUUCAGGCCUCGACAACCUCGCACCAGAGCCUCGAUGCCAUCCUUCGUGAUCUGAUCACACCAAGAGAGGUUCAGGUACUCCAGGUUUCGGCAGCCCUCACUGAGAGAACAAGAAACAAAAACUAUGUGCUGUCUCUCCUGUAGAGAGUUAAUGACCGACUCUGAGUUUAGUACAUCACCAGAAAUUCAGAAGGGGAGACCAUGCCUGGGACCUCUUGGAGUCACCUAUUUCUUGCUGGAUCCAAUGUGACCAUUAGGAAGGCUUCCAGAAUGUUCAUAGUUUUGGGUAUUCUCUUGACAUAAACAAUGGGCACUCUUACCUGAUCCCCUUCAAGGAGCUGUUUGUAAUAGACACACAGGAGGUCAGAUCCAGGUGUUUCAGCUUGGAACAGAAUCUGCUAAGGCUGUAACACGUGCUGAAAAAGAGCAGACGCACUAAAGAUAUUUUCAACCAUGUUUCUUUCCCUUCUCUCUCCCUGUGGCUAUUUAGUCACCAAUUAAUCUUCAUUAUUUACCUGUCGGUGAUUUUUGUGCAUCCAUUGAGGUUUAAAUGUUCAAUGUUUCGGCAGUUCUGUGCAAAGGUCCUAAAAUGAGAAAACAUUUUAAAGCUCCCUGCAAGUUGCUGGACAGCCACUAGAGGGCAUAUGAAACCAUUCACACUUAGGACAGUGCUCCCUCAAACUUAA